AAAAUUCGGCAAUCACAGAAACUGAACGAACAUUGGGUCAAGAUGAAGAACAUCUUCUACCUCCAGCCAUACAACGAAAUUAGGUCAUAUUUUGGAGAGCAGUUUACGUUUUAUUUUGCCUGGAUGGGUUUGUACACGGCCAGUUUAUUCGCAGCCGCACUGGCCGGUCUAGCCUGUUUCAUAUACGGGCUGGCUAGUUUUGCAACUAUUGAUGAUAAUGUAAAAGAAAUAUGCGACGAGACGAAAGCUCCAGGCAACUACACCAUGUGUCCCAAGUGCGACUUCAGAUGCAACUACACCAAGCUAUCAGGAAGUUGCAAUAAUGCAAAAUUUUCCAGAGUCUUUGAUAACGAGGCCACGCUCGCCUGUGCCAUCUUCAUUUGCGUUUGGGCGAUAUGUUUCAUGGAGUUAUGGAAACGUAGACAACUGGCCCUACAGCAUGAAUGGAACGUUACUAACUUUGAAGCCGACGAAUUAUCCAUGGUGGUGAUUGCGAUAUUUGCAGUCCUCGUUUACAGACUGGCCCUUGCCCAUAAAACGCGAACUUCAUAUGAAGAUAGUUUCAUAUUUAAAAUUGUCGUUUUCCAGUGCAUCAACAACUAUGGCUCCAUCAUAUACAUCGCCUUUUUCAAAGGAAGCUUUGUAGACAGACCUGGUUUUGAUAAACUCUACAUGUUCAGCAAAUACCGGCAGGACGAGUGUGAAGAUACUGGAUGUUUUUCCGAGCUGACCAUCCAGCUGAUCGUCGUAAUGAUAGGAAAGCAAUUCCUAAAUGCCCUGAUUGAGAUGCUGGCCCCGUUAGUUGUAGCAAUAAUAAUAAUAAUAAUUAUUAUUAUAAUAAUAAUUAUUAUUAUUAUUAUAAUAGUAGUAGUAUGGGAACGGGAUCUCGAUCUGGAAUGUCAUCCGCCUAUCUCCAUGUUUGGCGAGUACCUAGAGAUGGUAAUUCAAUACGGUUUCGUGACGUUGUUCGUGGUGGCUUUCCCACUGGCGCCAUUAUUCGCAUUCCUCAACAACAUCAUCGAGAUCAGACUGGACGCUUACAAGAUGGUCAAACUCUUCAGGAGGUGCGCUGCUCUGAAAGCUCAAGACAUCGGUGCCUGGGAGAUCUCCUUGCAGAUGAUCAGUUAUAUGGCCGUUAUUUCUAAUGCAUUCAUCAUAGCCUGGACAUCGGACUUCAUUCCGAAAGCAGUCUACAAGUGGAACGCAGACACGCGCAGUUUAUCAGGCUACAUGAACUGGACCCUGGCGCCCUUCAACGUCUCAGAGUUCAAGGCUAACCAACGGCCAGACGUCUCCAUUUAUCCAGAGGCUGCAAAUGUCACCCAAUGCAUGUACGAAUUAAUUAUGUUUGUUUAUUAA